GUGACUGAGGACAAGCAGUGAUCAGGUCUUUGUGAAUAAGAUAUGUGGCGUCUCGUUCUUCUCAUUUGUUCCCUGCCUGCUUCAGGUGCAUUGUCAGCGAAAAAGAAAGUAAAAGGAAUUGUGGGAAGAACGAUUAUAAUAAAUUGUUCUUAUGACAAACAGUACCAGCAAAACAUGAAAUACUGGUGUCAUGGUUGGACUAAUCAAUGUACAUAUGUGGUGAGAACAGACAAUCCAGAGGGACAACGAGGAAGAAUGUCAAUUAAAGAUAACAAGGCACAAGGAGUAUUUAUUGUUACAAUGGAAAACCUUCACUGGAGAGAUGCAGGAUGGUACAGCUGUGGGAUUGAUCGACCUGGCCUUGAUUUAAGGUUUGCCUUAAUGCUGCAAGUAACUCACGAAUCCGUGUCCAUUCCUGUUCUCAAAUUCACUUCACCACCAAAUGUCUCAUGUUCUGGGGGGUCAGUGUCAAUCUCCUGUGAAUCUGUCCGGGGAUCCCUUCCCAUAUACUACCAAUGGAAUGAAAGGACCUCGUCUCAAAAUUCAGAGAUAUCUGACACCAAUAAAUUGGAUCUACAUUGUCAAUCCUUCAAACAGCAAAAUCAUCAAUAUUACUGCACAGCCAAAAAUCAGCAGGGAAUAAAAGACAGUAGAAUGGUUGAAGUAUUAGUUAUCAACAGAUCAGCGAACAAUUGCAAGUAUGUGGUAGAGAUCAGCAGCAUUGGACAGAAAUAUUCUUGUGAAGUUUCUUCAACAACUGCACCAUCUACAAGUGCAAGUAAUGAGAUCCGAUCUCCAAAAUCCAAACGACUGGUUUUCAUCAUAGUUGGUGUGCUGGGGGCGUUUCUUAUUGUUUUUGCAGUUUCUCUGCUUUGGUACAUGAAGAAAAUGAACAAGGGGAAUUGCUGCAUUAUACGUAGUCGAAGAGGUCAGAAUGCAGAUGAUAAUCAGCAACUAGCAGCAGCAGAAGAGACCAUCAUAUAUGCCAAUGUAAGAGUCACAGAAAGUAGCUCAUCUGAAACACGCAGUGAUGGAAAUGUCCAGUUCAAUAAGAAUGAAGAUGGAAUCAAUUACGCAACAGUACAGUUUCAAAAGAAAUCAUCAGCACGGACAGGUGAGAUGGAAAAGGACAUGAUUAACAACACAAACAGUGUCAUCUACAGUGAAAUCAAUACUUCAAGGAAGUCCCCAGAGAACAUUGGAUGAACUUCAUCUUUCAUAAUCUGCAAGAUUCUCAAAAGGAAAUUUAUGUAAUAUUACUCA